CAUCGAUGGGCGUGACGUAUUAGCGCGGCGUCGUUACUGACUAGAACAGGAGCUGGCGAUGCCUGGAUUUGAUUUUUCCGCUAUUUUGCUCGUUUAAUCUGUGAAUGGCGCCGAAACAGGACCCUAAACCUAAAUUUCAAGAAGGUGAAAGAGUUCUCUGUUUCCAUGGGCCAUUGCUUUACGAAGCUAAGUGUGUUAAAAUAAACGUCAAGGAAAAGCAAAUAAAAUAUUUUAUUCAUUACAGUGGAUGGAAUAAGAAUUGGGACGAAUGGGUUCCUGAAAGUCGAGUGCUGAAGUAUGUUGACAGCAACCUUCAAAAACAGAAAGAGCUUCAGAGGGCAAAUCAAGACCAUUAUGUAGAAGGGAGGAUGAGGGGUGUAGCACCGAAUAAGAAGAUUCCUGCAGCCGUGCAGAAAAACGAUGUGAAAACCAAAAAGAACAAACUGAAGCCCCCAGGGGCCGGAGAAGGCACGAGUUCUGGGGGAGACCAGGCCCACCCACCCAGGAAGAAGAGGGCCCGUGUGGAUCCAACCGUCGAAAGUGAGGAGACAUUUAUAAACCGAGUGGAGGUGAAGGUUAAGAUCCCAGAGGAGUUGAAACCCUGGCUUGUGGACGACUGGGACCUGAUCACGCGACAGAAGCAGCUUUUUCAUUUGCCUGCCAAAAAGAAUGUGGAAGCAGUUCUUGAAGAUUAUGCAAACUACAAAAAAUCAAGAGGAAACUCUGACAGCAAGGAAUUUGCGGUUAACGAAGUGGUGGCUGGUAUCCGAGAGUAUUUCAACGUGAUGCUGGGCACGCAGCUGCUGUACAAAUUUGAGCGGCCGCAGUAUGCAGACAUCCUGGCCAACCACCCCGAUAUCUCCAUGUCCCAGAUCUACGGGGCUCCCCACCUACUCAGACUCUUCGUGAGAAUCGGAGCGAUGCUGGCGUACACACCCCUAGACGAGAAGAGCCUUGCGCUGCUGCUCAGCUACCUUCAGGACUUCCUCAAGUACCUUGUAAAGAACUCGGCUUCGCUGUUCAACGCCAGCGACUACGAGGUGGCCCCGCCCGAGUACCACCGCAAGGCAGUGUAGGGUCAGUGGAGUCAUGGCGUCGUCGUGGUUACCAGAGGACUUUUUGGCCUAUCUGAAUGGAGGAUUUCACUCGAGGGAAACCAUUUGUAUUUGGUCUCGGAAAUUGAGUUGUGAUUGGAAGAGGAAUAGAAGGAGAACAUUUCAAGAUCUAAGGCCAAUCCAGUGAGAGAGAAAUCAUUAACUGUGAUUUGGAAAGCUGCACAGAAUUGCUAUUCCCACAUUGGUAUGUUUUUGAGUACCUUUGUUGUUUGUUGUUUUUAUGACGCCUGUAUUUCCUGGUUUUUACCCAGAUCUUUUGAAAAGAAAAUCACUUUGUUUUGUCUGUUUUUCAUUUGGUCUUGUUUCUAAUGUUUGCUAAAAUUGUCAUGUUUGCUGUUGUCGUUUUAUAAUAAAAGUUCUUUUCUUGUACAUUU